AUGACGUAUGGAACUGUUGAGCCCAGGUACUCCGUCGCCUCGGACAGCGGCGUCGGCUGGAGGCGUUGGAGGCUGCUGAUCAACGGCUCGCAGGUGGAGGACCAGGGCCAGUACCGCUGCCAGGUGGCCACGCAGCCGCCCAAGAUCCUGGCCGUCACCCUCGUCGUCACAGCCUUACGUGCGACAGCUUCGCGAGAUCCCGAAGAGGAAAAGGAAAAGAUGCAGACGGACCAAAUGCCUCCACGGAAGAAGGGCGCAUGCGAGUGCACGGUCAACUGCGAAGCAACUGCACGGGGUAUCUGUGAGCGCAUAGUGCUUGCUGAGUCAGUCUGCAUCUUCGCUGAGAAUUACGCCAACACCCGGCGUCCCCCGUUCCCUAAGGGCCAAGGGAACGGCAUUCGUGAUAAGGGCGGCGACGAGGAGCCGCUGGUGCAGGUGGUGGACGAGCGCGGCACGAAGGUCGUGGACAAGCACUACAACAGCGGGAGCAUGAUCGAGCUCAAGUGCGUGAUCGAGAAGGUCCCGUUCCCGCACCUCACGGUCAACUGGCUCCGCGGCUCCACCGUCCUCUCCUUCAAUACGUCUCGGGGAGGAAUCAGCGUGAAGGGCGAUGCUGCCUCGGGCUUCAUCAGGAGCCGCCUGUACGUGGCCGACGCCUCCCCGGCCGACUCCGGGCUGUACUCCUGCUGGUACGGGAACUACACCAGCGACACAGUCUCCGUCCAUGUCAUAGCCGGCGAGAACUCGGCAGCGAUGCAGCACGACGCUCUCCCCGACGGAGCCACAGCGAGCGGCGCGCCAUCACUCCACUGCCCGGACCACCUGUACCAGCUGCUCAUCCCCGUGCUCUCCAGCUGGUCCUUGCCUAACGUUAUCGCCGCGUUUACUACGUGGCUGCUUUCUUCUCAGUCAUUCUGGAUCAACAAGAUAAUCGGGGCAACGAGAUGAUAGGUUAAGCCGGACAGCACGUUAGAGGCUUAUUUUAUACUCAGUCCCCGUGUCUAUUUGCGUUGCUGGCCUGUGUUGCUGUGUGCACUUCUUUUGUGCCUGGGACGCGUGGACUUGCGGUUGUGUGUGCGUGUGUGCCUACGUGUGCAUGUGAGUAUGUCUGUGCGUGAUGUGUGUGAGUAAAGUUCGGCUGCGUGAUUGUGUUUGUUGUAUGACUUCCGCACACCAGAUCCAGUGAUCUAUUUUGUGUACCUCAGCUGGUUGUUAAGACUAUACGUUGUGAUAUAUAAACAUAAAUAUAUAAAACUUGAUUGUUGUGUUAGCUGUAGGCAUAUUUAAGUUAUAUGUAUGUUUUCAGAGGCAACAUAUCGCCUAGCCAGUGGAAUAUAUUUCCUCAUCUUGUAAGAAAAUGAUGGAAGAAAGGGAGGUAUAUUGUGCAACUGAAUAUCAAAAAUGUAGAACAUCAAUAUGUAAUCUUGCACUGCUACUUGCCCACUAAAAUACGGAAGUCGCAAGUAUUUAUAAAAACGCACCGAUAAACUAAUAGCAAAUGUCUUCUAUUUGUGUUUCGUGAUCAUACUUUUUCCUAUUUUUCCCCUUCACCACGUAUAUCACGAAUUGUUUUUCCUUUUUUUUUUUUAUUUUUUUACAAGAAUAAGGUAAACGACCUUUAACGAAGGAAAAGCCGAUAUAGACAAGUAUGAUUUUGCAUUCCCUUUGUGAAGAUGCAGCCACGAAUGCACUGCUACCUUCGCUCAUAUUGAAACAAGCAUGGUAAUGAAAUGGAUGAUAUGCACUGCGCUCAGGCAUCUCAAGCUAGUGCUCGCAUACAUCAUCUUCGUAAAGAACCAAGAAAGAGGAAAGCCUUAGCCUGUCGUGGCCUGAAGACAGACUGCGACUACGACCAUUAUCUAGCUACUUUCAGCACAUGAUUCUUUUACAUAAUGAAUGCUCACGACUGAGACGUCAGUGUGUAAAAAGUUUGAAACAAAAAAAUAAAUAAAUGGAGGAAUGAUAUAUCGCUAUAUAUCUAUGAAUUAAAAGUAUAAUGCUGCCAUGUUUUGUAAGUAACCAAUGUGAAUUUUACCGUGUA